AUGGAGGAUUUUGAUGAUGUGAGACUCGCCCACCUACCAAGAGAACAUAACAGUCAGACCAAUGCUAUGGCCCAAUUAGCAUAUGGAGUGCAAAUCUCCGAGGGGCUCUCUGAUGAGCUUUUUAAAAUUGAGAAACGAUCUCUCCCCUCUGUCUUUGGAAGGGGAACUCCAGCAGAAGUUAUGGUGUUAACUAUAGCACCAAAGGAUUGGAGGCACGACAUCGUGCAAUAUUUGAAAGAUCCAAAUGGGCCGCAUAGCCAACAAGUUCGGAGGAAGGCCCAAUAUUACAUGAUAAGAGAUGAGGUAUUGUUCCGCAUAGGUUCUGAUGACUUUCUCAUGAAAUGUUUGGGCAAAAAGGAACAACUCGUAGCAAUGACCGAAGUCCACGAAGGAAUAUGCAGUGCCCAUCAAGUUGGCAUUAAGAUGAGGUGGCUUUUAAGGAGGCACGGUUAUUAUUGGCCGACCAUCCUCAAAGAUUGCAUUGACUAUGCAAAGGGUUGCAAAUAUUGUCAAAAGCAUGGGCCGAUCCAACAUGUCCUGGCCGGACCAAUGAAUCUUACUGUCAGGGCUUGGCCUUUUAUUGGUGGCCACCGAUUUUUUCACAAAUUGGGUGUAGGCCGUCGCACUCAAGCAGGUUACUCAGGUCGAAGUGAUAGAAUUUAUUGA